AUGCACCACUCUUCUUGCAACCAGUUUCAGUCGAGCAUGGAGACCCUGCCAAUGACAGCAUCCGAGCGCCACACCCUAACCAAUGACCUCGUUGCCCCGGCGAAAAUGAGUGCCGGGCAGUACUACGCCUCGUGUGCCAACGCCACCCCAUCGGCCUCGCCCGAGUACUCCCUAACAGACCUCAAGACUGUCUUCUCCUCGCGCCAGCGCAAUGGUGGCGGCUUGGUCUCAGCUGGCUGUUUGCUGCCAUUUUCAAGAGGCGAGACUCCAGUUAAACUGAGUUUCCUAUUGCCGAUGUCCCGCACCCGUCUCUCCGCUUUCCAGUUGGAUUUACGCGCAGCAACAUCGGUACACCCAGAAGAUCUACCCUUUGUCAUGGCCCUCGAGGGCUUUUCCAAGGCUCCUUACGUAGACCUCCGUCGUGAUCACAAUGGUCUUCCUGCUCCUGUCGGUCGCUUCUCCUUAUUCACACGUCUUGUGCGUGUGUGCCCUGGUGCACACACACACACGCGCGCGCGCGCGCCUGUCAGACGUCACACGCGCUCAACUGUCAUUCGUCACGCCAAGGUCAAACCCCCCACACAGGCUGCUUGUGUGAUGCCCGUGUGGGCUACGUCGGGUGUACACGUGGCGCUUGGAACGCAACUUUGCUUCGUCGGGUGGGGCAAAUUUUUUUCUCCGACCUGCACCAUAAAUCAAGCCCAGCACUUCGAACAUUCCAUCUAG